UAUAUAUAUAAAUAUAUAUUCUGAUAUGAAUAUCGGAAUAUGUAUUUAUUAUAAAACUACAGCCUAGAGGCUUUUCAAUACAAAGUUGUCAUAGGCAGAGAUUUCACACACAGGGCUUUUUUAUUUUAAAUAAAGUGCCUUUUACCUCAGGUAAUAUAUGAUGGUAUGUUGGCACGGUUCAGGCAAUGACAUUGAUUAAGAGACUUUCGAAAUAAUAAAAUAAGAGUAUGACCCCCCCCCCCAGGUCUGGAAAUAGAACUGGUAGCUGCAUCGUGUUGAGUGUUGUCAGAAACACCAGCAGCAGAAGCAGUCUGCUAUUCCUGGACCCGAGUGUCUGUCAGUCACGCAGGACAGAGCGAGGAGCAGAGUCCUCGUGCCACGCUCGUGUCUCUUCCCACGUUACAGACAUUACAUCUGGAUAUAUAUCACACACACAGGGGGCUUUCAUCUUGAGCGCUGCUGUCAUCCGGGCCCAUCUUCCGCUGUGCUCGGACUCUUCUUGCCCCAUUAAACAUGUCAUCUUCAUAUGCCGCCGCUAUUACGGCCCUUCAUUCUGCCAGCUCUUCCAAUCCACCCGGCAAACCGAGGCCUCACCCCUCCACAGACACGGGAGGGAGACCUAAACCUUCCCCCACGUCCCACUGCCCUCCAGCCGUACAGACACGUCCUCGUUCACCGGAGCCUCUGGGAUCUUAUGAGGAGCAACAGGAGAACCCUGCAGACUAUGGCAUUGGUGGAUACUACCCUGUAGAGAUCGGAGAGAUAUUCGUUGACCGUUACCAAGUGGUUAAAAAGUUGGGAUGGGGUCACUUCUCUACUGUAUGGCUCUGCUGGGAUAUGGUGAAGGGGCGUUUUGUGGCUCUGAAGGUGGUGAAGAGCGCUGAAACGUUCACAGAGACGGCACUGGACGAGAUCAAACUUCUGAAAUGUGUAAGGGACAGUGACCCCAGAGAUCCAAAACGUGAGUCAAUCGUGCACCUUAUUGAAGACUUCAGGAUCACUGGAGCGAAUGGAGAGCAUGUGUGCAUGGUUCUGGAGGUGCUGGGCCACCAGUUGCUCCGGUGGAUCAUCAAAUCCAACUACUCUGGCCUCCCCCUGCCCUGCGUCAAGAGCAUCCUCAGACAGGUUCUGCAGGGUUUAGAUUACUUGCACACCAAAUGCAAGAUUAUCCACACCGACAUCAAGCCGGAAAACAUCCUCCUGAGAGUGGACGAGGUUUACAUUCAGAACCUGGCAGCCGACACCAAGCUGUGGCAGCUGCCCGUGUCCUCUGCUUUCACCGGCUCCACAGUGAACAGAAGCUCCAGAGAAAAACAGAGUUUGUCCAACUUGUUGGGGAAGCUGACUGGGGUUUUCCACACUCUUGGGGAGUGGUCCAGCAAGGUCUCCAAGAGCCCCAUUAAACGACUCACAAGAAAAGAUAGGGGUCGACGAGGACAGGACCACAAUCAGAAAGACAAACUUCACGUGUCCUUCUCUGAUGUCGCUGCUCCCUCUAGCACCCGUAGCUCCACCUGUCACUCUAAGCUCACAGGUCCUAACCUCAGGUUGAGGAGGCAGACGCUGCUGUUGGAAGACGGGCUGGACUGGACUCCACACAGCCCCAGAGAGUCCAUCUGCUCGUGGCCAGACCUCAACACAGAUGCUCCCGUCUCUGGCUCUAGAUCGGUGUUAUUACAUCAGACUGCAGACAAAGAGCUGCCUCCUCCUUCACCAUCCUCUCCCCUUGGCAUCAGUGACUCGGAUGUACUUCUGGACCUACUAAAACCCCAGAAUGCUGAUAAAAUCCUCAUCAAGAUUGCUGACCUGGGCAAUGCCUGCUGGGUGCACAAACACUUCACUGAAGACAUCCAGACGUGUCAGUACCGCUCUGUGGAGGUUCUGAUCGGUGCUGACUACGACACACCGGCUGACAUCUGGAGCACCGCCUGCAUGGCUUUUGAGCUGGCCACAGGGGACUAUCUGUUCGACCCCCAAUCAGGAGCCUCCUUCACCCGCGAGGAAGAUCACAUUGCCCACAUCAUUGAGCUGCUGGGAUCCCUUCCAUCCCAGUUCGUCUUGUCAGGGAGAAACUCUAAACAAUACUUCAACCAUAAAGGACAACUGCGACACAUCUCAAAGCUGAAGCCGUGGACCUUGUUUGAGAUCCUGCUGGAGAAGUACGAGUGGCCGCGUGAGGAAGCCGCCAAGUUCAGCUCGUUCCUCCUGACUAUGUUGGAACUGCUGCCGGAGGAAAGAGCCACGGCUGCCCGGUGUCUGAAACACCCCUGGAUCACCUCCUAGUCGCACCAGUUCUGUCUUGUUCAGAGCCCAGUGGACUAUAGCUCUCUGUUCAGGUGCAGGCUGGCACACAUUGCACCCGACACGGGACAUCGGGCAGCUGUGUGAUAUACAGCAGGAGUCUAGUGCUGGCAUCAUGACCUCAUAGAUAUUUAUUAGCCUGAAGAAAAGCCUUUUCUCAGUGGAGUUGCUUGGGCUUUUAGUAUUUUAAUGGCAGUUACAUCCAAUUCAGGCAUUGCAAUGACCAAAGAGAAGUUUUGUCUUACUGGAAAAAGUUCUUGAAUUUCAAUAAAAUGACAAAAGAUUGCUCUUGUUCUCCAUUAGUUAUUUGCAAGACAGCUGAAUUAAGACCUGACCUUAAAGAAU